CCCUGUCUUGUGGGCAGCACCCCAUCUCAGCAGGGUGACAUGACACAGAGAGAAGCCAGGACUUCUCCAGGGAUGCCUGGACUAGGCGGCCCCAGCAGCGGGUCUGGGCUGGCACUGGGCACGGACAGGAAGAGGAGCCGCCUGAUGAAGGCGAAGCAGGGACUAUGGGGAGAGACUAGCUGGGGCAGCCAGAGAUGGAGCAGAACUGGCCCCACCAUCCAUAAUUCCAGAGCCAGGAGCUUGGCUGUUGGCAGGGGCGAGUCUAGUCCCGAGAAUGCAGCCAGAGAACGAAGUAGAGUCAGGACUCUGCGUCAGGCCUUCCUGGCCCUGCAGGCGGCAUUACCAGCGGUACCCCCAGACACCAAGCUCUCCAAACUGGAUGUACUGGUCCUGGCCACUAGCUACAUAGCCCAUCUUACCCAAACCCUAGGCCAGGAGCUGCCAGGGGCAGCUUGGCCCCCCUUCCUUCGUGGACUCCGCUACUUGCACCCUCUCAAGAAAUGGCCAAUGAGAUCUCGCCUCUACGCUGGAGCCUUGGGGCCAUCUGGCCUUGACCCUCCAACUACCAGUGCUCCUGGCCAGAGAAUUCGGGAAUCAGCAGUCAGCCCCCAAAUCCCUGGAGAGGUGGAAUUCAUUCCUCCUAAGCCAGUCUCACCAACUCCAAGCGGCAAAUAA